GUCAAGCACUCUACCACUUAGCCACCUUCCCAGCCUAUUAUAUACUUUUGAAUCUUUUAUUUCAUGGUUUUUAUUUAGAAGCAAUGGUGAUGCUUAGGGGCUAGUAAAAUAAGAUUCUUUCAUUAGAAGUUGUAUGCAUUUGGUAGGAGGUUUUAAGUGAUAUUUAUCUGCAUAUAUUAGAUACAAUGACUUAUUCAUAGGCUUAUGUUAAUUAAGAAAUUCAUAAAAUUCUUAAAUUAUUCUGAUCAUGUUAUAUAUUUUUCAGCAGUUUCAGGGUUUAGUACUUAGUGCCUGUCCUUGAUGAAUUAAUUUUUUCAUUCUAGGUUCCAUAUCUUUCCUCUUUGCUAGUAGUUCAUGAGUAAUAGUAAGACCUUUUUCCCUAACAUAUUUGACAUACAUCUGAAAAUGUGUAGCACAGAGCCGUAGCUAGAGUUUAGAAGUUCAUUUGUUAAAUCAUAUAAGAAACUUAAAUGGAUACUUCAUGUUUUCCAUAUAAUGUGUUCUUUCAAUGAAAUAGCUUAUGUAGCAGCAGCACAGGAAAAGCAGACUUCUUGGCAAUACCAACUCCAUUGCAUCUGCAGAUGAGGAUUUAACAUUCUGUGCAGCAGACAGUACCUCUAGCAGGCGAGUAAAAGGUUACUGCAUUAUUUUGUUUGUUUUCGUGGCCCUAUCUACAAAAGGAUUUUCUCUUCUUUAAUUCAGUGUGAAAUGCAUGCCUGCAUUUAGAUACUCUGGAAAAAUUGAUUUAAGUAUAACAUGAAUAUCAAAAGGGCAGUGUAAGGUGAAGACAGUCAGUACUAGCUUUUUAAGCAUUAAACCAGGGACAGUAUUGAGCAUGACACAGACACAAAUAAGGAACCUUUCAAUGCCACAGAAAACAGGAAGUUUUAAAGAUACUCACUUAGCUUGAAGGUAUUUUAUUACUCACUUAGAUUUAAAGUAUUUUAUUGCAAUUUCUAGACUGUCUUCCCCAAAAUGGAGCUUUUAACAAGAGUUGACAGUUACUGUGUAGAUGUUCGUUAGGUUAAGUUAUUGAAGUAUGAUUAUUUGUCUUUUAUCCUGGGAGUUGUAAAGUGGGUUAUACUUACAUGGCAUUAUAAAUAAUGAUCUGUACUUAUUAUUGGGAGAGGUACAAUGCUUAACUAUAAAAGAUAGUGGAGCAUGGAUGGCUGUUGCUCAUAUUUUCAAUGUGAUUUUUAGGGUUAAAAAAAAUCUCUAACGAAAUGAAAAUAACCAAGUAGGAAAAAAUUCAUCAAGACUCACAAUAGCUUUUCUUUUAUUGCCAGUGUCUAUAUAGCCACUUGCUCUUUUCUUCCUCAGCAAAACUCUUCUAACAUUUAUCAUACCAGAGGCGUUCUUGGGUUUUCUUGCUGUUUAUUCCAUUAUUAUAACUUGCAUCGGUAUUGUUUUGCUAUGGACUUAUAAUGCUCAUUACCUACUAAGUCUUAAGUACAGUAUUCAGAUGGAUUUUUUUACUUUCUAAAUCGUCAGUCACCCUCCUGCCCUCUCCCACCAAACCUCAAAGUUUUGCAUUAGCUACUAAGUCAUGUUUGUUUAAGGAACAAACAGGCCUAUGUUUCUGUUUUCCUACUCAAUUUCAGAUUGAAUAAUCAGUUUGGAAGCAGCUUUAUAAAUUAACCUAUAGCAUAGAAGUAAAAUUAGUUGAUUAUUCUUACUGUGAGUGUUUGACAGGCUUCUUGAAUUGUAGAAUCAUAAAAGGUCAGCAGUUCUGAUUGGUAACUUAAAAGAAUCCAUCCAGUAAUUUUCUCCCUGUUGUUCUCAGAGCAUUGCUGCAGCAGUUCUUUUCCAGAUAUUGAGCGGUUCUUGAACAGUGUAUGGAGGAAGCAAGGGGUGGGGCUCAUUCCUGUUGGUUGUUGAAAUAAUGUGCAUUUACAGAGGGAACAGGUUGGAUAGGAUGAGCUGAGGAGUAGGCAAACAGAACUAAACUGAUGGGAAACAGAUUGAUAAUUUUGGCAUGUCUCGACUUUGUUCCUUUGGGCUUUAAUAUAAAACAGUUUGAAAUAUUAAAGCACCUUACCUUCUUUCUAAAGAGUAGCCUGGAGACUUCCGUUUUUAAUAUCCAGAUUUUCUUGGCGAUGAGUUUGUGGAUAUCUUCUGUAGGGAAGCUGCUGUUUUACUCUUUUUUUAGCAGAGUUUCAGCCAGAGAGCUGCAGAAUGAAGCAGUUAGCCAAUUCUAGGUAUAUAUGGGACAUUACCAGUUCUUAUUUUUUAAGUCAAGUUCUCAUCUAAUGAGCAAGUCAAUGUGUGGCUGUGGCUGCAGCUUUAUUUCUUCUUUAAUGAAGAGAUUGGGCCGUUCGACCUGCUGCUCCGAUCUGUUCUCUUGUAGUCACACAUCAGACCAGUUGCAGAGAUUAUCCAUCGAAUGUCCCAGGCAACCAAAGAUUGUUGACUCUGACAUCAAUUGACUGACUAUGCAUAAGAUACAUCUAGGAGUCUUGUUAAAACUGCAGAUGAUGACUGGGUAGAUCUGGAGUGGGACCUGAGACUCUGCAUUUCUGACAAGUUUCCAGGAUUGCUUCCUUAGGAUAGAUUGCCAGAAGUGGAGUUACUGGGUCAGAGGAAUGUGAAAACCUUUGCAUCUUCUGAUAGUCUAGCCAAGGUCCAAGAAGUAGCAAGCUGGCUUUUGGAAAUGAAUCAAGAACUGCUCUCUGUGGGCAGCAAAAGACGACGAACUGGAGGCCCUUUGAGAGGUAACUCUUCCUCAAGCCAGGUAGAUGAGGAACAGAUGAAUCGUGUGGUAGAGGAGGAACAGCAGCAGCAACUAAGACACCAAGAGGAGGAGCUCACUGCAAGGAAUGGUGACGUCGUCCGAGCAGAACCUAGGCCUGGAGACCAAAAUGAUUCCCAGCAAGGACAAGUGGAAGAAAACAACAAUCGAUUUAUUUCAGUAGAAGAGGACUCCUCUGGAAACCAAGAAGAACAAGAGGAAGAUGAAGAACAUGGUGGUGAACAAGAUGAGGAAGAUGAAGAGGAGGAGGAAAUGGACCAGGAGAGUGAUGAUUUUGAUCAGUCGGAUGACAGUAGCAGAGAAGAUGAACACACACAUAGCAACAGUGUCACAAACUCUAGUAGUAUGGUGGACCUACCCAUUCAUCAACUCUCCUCCCCAUUCUACACAAAGACUACAAAAAUGAAAAGAAAGUUGGACCAUGGUUCUGAGGUCCGCUCCUUUUCUUUGGGAAAGAAACCAUGCAAAGUCUCAGAAUAUACAAGUACCACUGGGCUUGUACCUUAUUCAGCAACACCAACAACAUUUGGGGACCUGAGAGCAGCCAAUGGCCAAGGGCAACAACGACGCCGAAUUACAUCUGUCCAACCACCAACAGGCCUCCAGGAAUGGCUGAAGAUGUUUCAGAGCUGGAGUGGACCAGAGAAGUUGCUUGCUUUAGAUGAGCUUAUUGAUAGCUGUGAACCAACACAAGUGAAGCAUAUGAUGCAAGUGAUAGAACCUCAGUUUCAACGAGACUUCAUUUCCUUGCUCCCUAAAGAGCUGGCGCUUUAUGUGCUUUCAUUCCUGGAACCCAAAGACCUGCUGCAAGCAGCUCAGACGUGUCGUUACUGGAGAAUUUUGGCUGAGGACAACCUUCUCUGGAGAGAAAAAUGCAAAGAAGAGGGGAUUGAUGAACCAUUGCACAUCAAGAGAAGAAAAGUAAUAAAACCAGGUUUCAUACACAGUCCAUGGAAAAGUGCAUACAUCAGACAACACAGAAUUGAUACGAACUGGAGACGAGGAGAACUCAAAUCUCCUAAGGUGCUGAAAGGACACGAUGAUCAUGUGAUCACAUGCUUACAGUUCUGUGGUAACCGAAUAGUUAGUGGUUCUGAUGACAACACUUUAAAAGUUUGGUCAGCAGUCACGGGCAAAUGUCUGCGAACAUUAGUGGGACAUACAGGUGGAGUGUGGUCAUCCCAGAUGAGAGACAAUAUCAUCAUUAGUGGAUCCACAGACCGGACUCUUAAAGUGUGGAAUGCUGAGACCGGAGAAUGUAUACACACCUUGUAUGGGCAUACUUCCACUGUACGUUGUAUGCAUCUCCAUGAGAAAAGAGUUGUUAGCGGUUCUCGAGAUGCCACCCUUAGGGUUUGGGAUAUUGAGACAGGCCAGUGUUUACAUGUCUUGAUGGGUCAUGUAGCAGCAGUCCGCUGUGUUCAGUAUGAUGGCAGGAGGGUUGUUAGUGGAGCGUAUGAUUUUAUGGUGAAGGUGUGGGAUCCAGAGACGGAGACCUGUCUACACACGUUGCAAGGGCAUACUAAUAGAGUCUAUUCAUUACAGUUUGAUGGCAUCCAUGUGGUGAGCGGAUCUCUUGAUACAUCAAUUCGAGUUUGGGAUGUGGAGACAGGGAAUUGCAUUCACACAUUAACAGGGCACCAGUCCUUAACAAGUGGCAUGGAACUCAAAGACAAUAUUCUUGUCUCUGGGAAUGCAGAUUCUACAGUUAAAAUCUGGGAUAUCAAAACAGGACAGUGUUUACAAACAUUGCAAGGUCCCAACAAGCAUCAGAGUGCUGUGACCUGUUUACAGUUCAACAAGAACUUUGUAAUUACCAGUUCAGAUGAUGGAACUGUAAAACUCUGGGACUUGAAAACGGGUGAAUUUAUUCGCAACCUAGUCACAUUGGAGAGUGGGGGCAGUGGCGGAGUCGUGUGGCGGAUCAGAGCCUCGAACACAAAGCUGGUGUGCGCAGUCGGGAGUCGAAACGGGACUGAAGAAACCAAGCUGCUGGUGCUGGACUUUGAUGUGGACAUGAAGUAAAGAGCAGAAGAUGAAUUUUGUCCAAAUGUGUAGACAAUAUACUCCUUACCCUUCUCCCUGCGCAAAAAAAAAAAAAGAAAAAAAAGAAAAAAAAAAGAAAAAAGAAUAAAAAGAAAAAAGAAAAGAAAAUGAAAAAAAAUCCCUUGUACUCAGUGGUGCAGGAUGUUGGCUUGGGGCAACAGAUUGAAAAGACCUACAGUUCAAGAAGGAAGAGAGGAACAGACAACAAAUGUAACUGACAGGAAAGGCGUCCAUCAGCUGUCUUCACGUGAAAGGCUUCAACUUUUGACUGAGGGCAGCUUUGCAAAUUGAGACUUUCUAAAUCAAACCAGGUGCAAUUAUCUUUAUUUUCUUCUCCAGUGGUUAUUGGGCAGUGUUAAUGCCGAAACGUUACUGUCACCGAGCAAGGAGCUGCAAUAAUAGCAAAACAAGUACUGGUUGACUUUCUAACUAGAGAGCAUCUGCAACAAGAAGUCAUUUUUCUGAAGUGGAAAAGCUAAAAAAAAAAAUUACUGUGAAUUGUUUUGUACAGUUAUCAUGAAAAGCUUUUUCUUUUUUUUUGCCAACUAUUGCCAAUGUCAAUCAAUCACAGUAUUAGCCUCUGUUAAUCUAUUUACUGUUGCUUCCAUUUACACUCUUGAACACAUAUGUUGCUCGAAGGUGGCAAGUUGUCCUGGGUUCUGUGAGUCCUGAGAUGGAUUUAAUCCUUGACGCUGGUGCUAGAAGUAGGUCUUCAAAUAUGGGAUUGUUGUCCCACCCCUGUACUGUACUCCCAGUGGCCAAACUUAUUUAUGCUGCUAAAUGAAAGAAAGAAAAAAAAAAGGCAAAUUAUUUUUUUUUAUUUUUUUUUUCUGCUGUGACGUUUUAGUCCCAGACUGAAUUCCAAAUUUGCUCUAGUUUGGUUACAGAAAAAAGACUUUUUGCCACUGAAACUUGAACCAUCUGUGCCUCUAAGAGGCUGAGAGUGGAAGAGUUUCAGAUAAUAAAGAGUGAAGUUUGCCUGCAAGUAAAGAAUCGAGAGUGUGUGCAAAGCUUAUUUUCUUUUAUCUGGGCAAAAACAACAAAAAAACAACAAAAAAACACAUUCCUUGGAACAGAGCUGUUAUCGCCUGUUCUGCGGAGAGACUUUUCUUUUUUGAGGGCUGUGGUGAAUGGAUGAACAUACAAAAUAAAACUGACAACUAUUUUAAGAAUAUAUAAAACACAAAGUUAAAAUAAAGUUGCUGGUCAGUCUUAGCGUUUUACAGUAUUUGGGAAAACAACUGUUACAGUUUUCUUGCUCUGAGUAACUGACAAGAAAGGAGUGAUUCAGUCUCUGUAGUGAAGGUGUCACACGCAAACCAGCGCCGUGAAUGCAAAAUCAGAUGGUUUGCCUCAUUCUCCAGGAGCCACAACUCAAGCUGAACUGUGAAAGUGGUUUAACACUGUAUCCUAGGCGGUCUUUUUUCCUCCUCCAGUUUAUUUUUUUUUGUUUGUUUUAUUUAUAGUCUGAUUUAAAACAGUCAGAUUCAAGUUGGUUAAUUUUAGUUAUGUACCAACCUGACAUGAUGGAGGAAAACAACCUUUAAAGGGAUUGUGUCUAUGGUUUGACUCACUUAGAAAUUUUAUUUUCUUAUAACUUAAGUGCAAUAAAAUGUGUUUUUUCAUGUUA